AUGCCUCGUCCUCGUCUCCAUGGCCGCGCCCCAGCUUCGCUUGCCAUCCACCACCUCCUCAUUUCGUUCCUCCUCACGCUGUCCCCGCUCGCGUCUGCGCAGCAAGAGUACGAGGCCAACGCGCAGAGCGACUGCUACGCCAACAACGGCAGCUCGGUCCUCGGCUACACCUGCAGCAAGAGCAAGAGCAACCACGCAAACUCCUCCUCGGCACCGGCAUGCGCCACCUACCUGGCCUUCCGCUCCGAUCUGCCCGGCUACGGCUCCCCAAUCACCGUCGCCUACCUCCUCAACGCCAGCACGUCCGCCGUCGCCGCCGCCAACUCCGUGCCCGUCGCCUCCCCGGUCCAGAACGGCACCCUGCUCCUCGUCCCCGUCCGCUGCGCCUGCACGGCGGCGGGGCACUACCAGCAUGACGCCGCCUACGUCAUCCAGUUCGACUACGAGACCUACUUCUCCAUCUCGAGCGACCUGUACCAGGGGCUCUCCACCUGCCAGGCGAUGAUGGCGCAGAACCCCGCGCAUGAUAGCCUCGAUCUGUAUCCCGGCAUCGCCCUCACCGUGCCGCUCCGCUGCGCGUGCCCUUCGCCCGCGCAGGCCUCGGCUGGAGUCAAGUACCUCGUGACCUACGUCCUCGACUGGGACGACGACGCGUCCACCGUCGCCGACCGCUUCCACGCCGACUACCAGGCCCUGCUUCACGCCAAUAGCAUCACCGACGACACCACCGUAUACCCGUUCACCACCAUGCUGGUGCCACUCAAGGAUCCGCCCACCUCUGAAAUAGCGUUCCUGCCGGAGCCACCGACACCGUCACCAGCACCGUCCGAUCCGGCGUCAGUCCCGCCGGCGAGUUCCACUGAAUCAAGCAGUGGUCCUACUCCUAGGUGGCGGGUCGUCGUCGGCGUUGCUGCUGGAUGCAGUGUUCUUACUUUGGGUGUCGUGCUUGCUCUCUUCUUGCUACGCCGUUGGUGUCGGCGGCACGGCGACCGUGGUGACCGAAGCAAGACCACCCUACCGGCAGUGGAGCAUGCUGCGCCAGACGGGCCGGCGAAGGGAGCUUUGACGAGGGCGGCGUCCUUGAUGUGGCCCAUGGUGGUGCGCGAGGCAGUGGGGUCGCUGACCGUGUACGACUACGGGGAUCUAGAGAGGGCGACGUCAGGUUUCUCGGAGGAGCAGCGUAUUGGAAACUCGUCGGUCUACCGCGCGGUGAUCAACGGCAGCGCUGUGGUCGUGAAGCGAGUGCCCGGCGACGUGGGCACUGAGGUGACCAUCCUGGGGCGCGUCAACCACUCGAGCCUCAUCCGCAUGUCCGGCCUGUGCAUGCACGGCGGCUACACCUACACGGUGUUCGAGUUCGCCGGGAACGGCGCGCUCAGCGACUGGCUCCACGGAGGCGAGGAGGAGGAGGGCCGCGUGCUCGGGUGGAGCCAGCGCGUGCAGGUGGCGCUCGACGUGGCAGGCGGGCUCAACUACCUGCACAACUACACCGAUCCUCCCUACGUGCAUAAGAAUCUCAAGGCCAGCAACAUCCUCCUCGACGCGUGCUUCCGCGCCAAGCUCUCAAACUUCGGCCUCGCGCGCGCGAUCACCACGGACGACGAGGACGACGACCGCGGCGGCCUGUGGAUGACCCGGCACGUGGUCGGCACGCAAGGUUAUCUGGCGCCCGAGUACCUCGAGCACGGGUUGAUCGGCCCCCAGCUCGACGUGUUCGCGUUCGGCGUCCUCGUGCUUCAGCUCUUGUCCGGGAAGGAGGCGGCUAGACAAGACGAUGACGUCGGCGGCGGCGAGAACGGGAAGGUGGUAUUGCUUUGGGAGGAAGCGGAACGGUUGGGCCUGGGCGGCGGCGCCGGCGACCUGCUGGACAAGGUGACGGCGUUCGUCGACGGCCGGCUGCAUGGGCGGUACCCGUUGGACGUGGUGUUCGCUAUGCUCGCGUUGGCACUGAGGUGCGUGGCCCGGGAGCCCCGGACGCGGCCGUCCAUGGCCGAGGUGCUCCUUUCGCUCUCGGGAAUGUACAAUUGGACAAUAAAUUGGGACCCUCGGUGCCCUGACGGCACCGGAACUCGUCACGAACAAUAG